CUUCAACACAACUCUGUACGUAACUAUCGCGGCUGUUCUCAACUGGUUUUUACCCCUCUUUACACCGACCUACUAUUAUCUAAAAACAGACUUGAUAUGCCUAUUGUAUCUUGACAUACACCAUUGAACAAUAAUGCUCCCAUGGCCAACCCUCUCUUGACGCGGCGAAAUGGCAAAACGCAAGCUUGUGAGCCAUGCCGUCGGCGCAAAGUGGCCUGCGAUCACACCUACCCAGUGUGUCUUCGCUGUAGUAGGCGACGCAACGGAGCAUUCACGUGUUAUUACCUAUCGCCGGACGAAGAGACGCCGGCAAGCCAGAAGAUGACAAUCGAGGAUUUUCAUCUCAGACAACUAAUAGCACGUGCAUCAUCAAGGAAAGAUCUACAGUCUACAGAUGCUUCGCUCCAUUCUGGCGGACAUGCCGGUCCGGAAGACAAGUUUUGGAGCUCUCCAGCUGCUCGAGGGCCGUUGGGUUUCUUUGGUCCAACCAGCUUCUCAGCAGCAUACUCGGAGACUGAGACGAGUUUAGCCGUGCACAAUCCUCUAGCCACCACCGAGCAAUUGUCGUCCUCGGACACAGCUUUGGUUGACGAAACGAUUCCCCCAUCUAUAGCCGAGAUCCAAGAUAUGGCAGGCAGGGAUCAAACAGCCACUCGCAUCGCCCUUAGAAUACUGCAAGCGAUACCCAUGCCAGAAGCCGCAACCAGAACUCAAUUCCCAGUCCAUGUCAAUCCCAAUGAUGAGUGGAUGAUGAUGAUUGGCAAAAGACUGAUUGCGACCACCUGGGAAACGUUUGGCUCCCACUUACGAGACCGCACAGACUUGGCUAAGCUACGUGAGCUGAGUGGUACAAUCUGCAUCAACACAAGGAGAAUUCUCAAAGAGGAUCAUGAAGACGUUCUGGAAUGGCUGGAAAGCUUCUCGGGGCCGAAACUGCGCUGGGAGGCGGUUGGCAUCAUGUUUCUGUACGCCGCUCUUGGAGAGCUUCAAGCCUCCUCAACCGCAGAUUCGAGACGGCUCAUCGGUCAUUACACGGAAUAUUGCUCGUCUUGCAUAACUCUCGCCAACGUGGGGGGCAGUUCCGGAUCCCUUAUGCUCUUCUUGCUGUAUAAACGCUCUGUGCUACACGCUUGCAUGCAUGGCGAUACGAGUCUUCCAUAUUGGAAAUUCCACGCUGAAACAGCUGCGAUGCUCACAUUUUCUGGCUUUCAUGUCGAUCGCCGCUGUGGUCCAUCAACUUCUUUGUCUAAGCCAAUGGCAUCAAUAUCCACAGAGGCGCGCAGGCGUAUUGUGUGUCAAAUCUUCAUAGCAGACAAGUUCUUGGCCGCAUUCGUCGGCCGGCCCGCUCUGUUGACGCGCAGAUUUUGCUCAAUACAAUUGCCGCUAGAUUUGGACGAUGGUGUGCUGCUCUCUGAUAAGGAUACUUUCCAAAGACACCUUUUACGCCUCGAUAAUGACGGAUGGGACACGGAUGGUCGGCUGCAUUCAGCAUCGAUUCUCCGCGUACGUACCAUGGUGGCGUUGAUACGAGAUGAAAUUCUCGAAAUCGGCCUCAGCUACGUUGAGACUUAUAAGAUGGAAGAUAUCAUGACACUGAAAAGAAAGCAACUCGGAUUAUACACCACAUUGCCUGCCCAUCUUGUCUAUGAUCUUACGCUCGGAGAAUCAGGGGAUGCAGACGCUCAAACAUUCUAUUCGAAACAUGAGAUGAGACUCGACCACCUACUCAACGUCUUCUUACUAGAGCGGUUACUGCUCAAGCACGGCCGUCCUAGAACCGACCUCUUGCGUACUAGUUUUGAGAUGGUGGUCUUGACCUUACGCCUAUGGACUCACAAGCAUAGGUGGGCAGAGAUUCCAGGAGAGAGCCAACGCCUGUUAAUUGGAUAUGCAGCCCCGGCUGGGGCUGUCUUGUGCAUGGAGCUUGUCGACCCCAAUCCCAUGGACAUUACCAUUGAUGGGGAUCUCAUUGCCGGCGAGGAAUAUUCCAGAUCUUCCAUCAUUCAGCAGCUCAGCCUGCUCGUGGGCUUUUUGAACGCGCCGGGUCUCUCACACCCAAAUGGCUCUGUUUCAUCUGGUGUCAGGAGCGUUAUUAAAAAGGUGCUCGACUACGUUCUCAAUCCUACA